AUCAACAACCGGUGUUCAAACACCAUACAAUUCUACACAAAAACAUAUGAAAAUGUCUACUAAUCUCCACCUUGCGACCGCGGUGGUCCUCCUCCUCCUGACCGCGAGCCAAAGCGGUGUAGCAAUGGCUCAACGGGUUAUGGGAGGCGGGCGCGAUCCAUGCUCCGUGUCAGAUUUCAAAGUGUUGUGCAGAUCAGUGGUGAAGGGCCAAAAGAAUGUUAACGCAGCGACAGAGGUUUCCAUACGAGAGCUGAUGAAAAGAACGAUCAAGGCCAAAGAAGCCGCCAAGAUUAGCCGAAAAAGCGGUGGAGGACUCAAAACUUGCUACUCAAACUAUGACAGUGCGCUCGAAAAUCUACAAAAGGCGUUGAAAAAUAUCAAACAAAAUGAUGGGUUUAGUCUUAACAUCAAUCUCAGUGCGUCCUUAACGGAAUUUGAUACGUGCAAUGACGCCAUGGGUGGUGGUAAGGCUUCGAAUGUCUUCGCCAAAUCCACAAGUACGUUGCACGAAAUGGCUGAUAAUUGUUUGGCUCUCUCUACCCUCGUCAAACAAUAAUGAUAAAAGCCAGAUGUGAAU